AUGGCUCGGCACCGUAGCCGCUCUCCUAGGAAGGAGGGAGACAACGGCGAAGAGAGGAGGAUGUCUCGGUCCGCCUCCUCUAGGCGUCGUCGGUCGCCGUCUCCGCGCGUGUCGAAGCGGAAGACUUCUGGCGCGUCUGCCUCGAACAAGCGGCGGGCGGAGAAGGAGAAGCGGUCGCGGUCCACCUCGUCGCGGCGGCACAGGUCGAAGCAGCGAAGGACGGAGAAGCGCGCGUCUGCUUCUCCGCGGCCGGGUUCCGAGGGGGCAGAAAAUGCCUUGCAGAAGAAGGAGAAGUCGAAAGCGUCCUUCCGGGCGGUCGCCCCACCGAAGGGCCUCUCGUCGCGCAGUGGCCGCCACAGGACUUCUAGUCGCUCACCUGAGGACAAGGUCCGAGACGGAGUGAAGGACGCGACACACAAGCCGUGGCUGCGCAAGUCGGAGGAAGAUGAGAAGCCAAAAAAGGCCCGGCGCGCGGCCACCCCGCGGGCCUCGCCCCGCCGCGAGCUCUCGCGGAGUCCGUCUCCCGGCGACGCCGUGGGAUCCCGGCGAAAGCCGAGCCGGAGCGGGAAGUCGCGCACGAAGGCCAACAAGGGCGGUAGCGAGAGUCCGCGCCGCGAGAGAAGCCGGUCGCACUCGCGGCUGAGAACCGACAAGAAAGAGGCUCGCCGCGAGUCUCCCGAGGGGCGCCGCCCGCGUCGCCGCCGUCGCCGAGGCGCGCACAGCCCGCGAAGAAGCUUGAGCCCGAGUCGAAGCCGCAGUCUCAGACUUCCUCGCCCCAGUCCUUCGAUCCAACGGGAGCCCCGUCGGAAUCCUCGCUCGCGAGGGGGCGGCGGUCGUAGCAACCGCCGCCACAGCAAAAGUCGGAGUGUGAGCAGGAGUCGCAGCGACUUCUCCCCGUACCCGAAUUGGCGGUUCCUCCCUGGAAGAAAUGGCGCCCGUCAUGCGUCGCCUCACGGACCCGGGGCCAUGGACAGUCGCCGCGGGCGGAGCGCGAACGAGGAGUUUCUCGCUGCGCUGCCGCCAGAUCACCCGUUCGCCUCGCGAAUGCCCCCCAAGCACAGCACCACGCCUUUGCUCCCUCCCCUCUCACGCACGCCUGCUGAACUCCGCCGGGGACUCCAUCCUCUUUUUGACCCCCGCAGCGGACCCGGCGCAUUCUGGGGCUCGGGCGACCGUGGUCGCCCCACUGGUGCCGACCGCGGAGGGCCAAACGAUCGCUGGGCGCGGGGCGAAGAACUCCGGGACGACCUUCUCGGCGGAGGCGCUUUCGGAAGGCGAGACGCGUGGACAGAAAGGGGUCGGCCUGGCAGCUCUGCCAUGCCCCGGGGAAGUUCUCCCCCGCCUUCCUUCUUCCAGGAGCGGCUGAUGAUGAGACGCAAACUCGUGCAAGACGCGGAAAUGGCUGGCAUCAUGAAGGAGCGGAGACGAGCCUUGAGGCGGACGCUGAAACCUGCGCUGAUGGUGGACAGAUGCACGACACCUCCUUUUCUUCUUCGGGUUUUCUACAAAGUUGACGACCAGCAUUCUUUCGAGCAGUUCCAACAGCGCGGCCGCGAGCCAGUCGAAGACGAGUUGCAGGUGUAUGCGUGGAUGGACAGCAAACUAAGAGAGAUCGCGUAUCUGGUCAAAGACGUUUGUUGGGAAGCCAGGGACCGCCAUGCAGUGUGGAAGUUUCGGCUCGUGUAUCCUGACAAAACAGGAAAGAACGUGAUUGCAGACAUAGGGCUCUUGCACUCCACGAUUCCCGAUCUGAAAGAAGACUCAAAAACUCUGGCAGACGUGAAGUUCCAGAUCGGCGACUUUCUGCUUCUGUCGAUCGUGAAGGAGAAGAAGGACACUGACCACGUGUCUCGAGCGGGUCAGCAGCGAAUGCGUACAACGGCAGGAGGGUGGGAAAAGGUGGUUCAAGAGGAACCGGAGGGUGUGAAGUCUGUGGUCGGGGACUCCAGCGGAGAUAGGGAGGCCGAGGAAGAGGCAGCGAGCAUAAGUCUCGACAAAGGUGGCGACGAGACGCCGGUCGAAGAGAAGCAGAAGUCUGGAGGUAGUGCGACGGACGACGUGACCCCCCAAGAAGGCGACGACAAGAAGAAAGACGGUGAGGGAGAACCGGAGGCUUUCCCGUAUCGUCAACGAUACACGGCUCCAGACCAACACACCGACGAUGAAGAUGACCCGGAAGAGAGGAAAGACCAUGGCGCCGCUUCUAUCCUUGCAGAAGAGGAUGGAAUGCGCGCUGUCCAUGGAGAGGCAAGCACGCGGGCCGUUGAGAGCUGCGAGGGAGUACAGACAGACAGCAAGGAAGGCGUCGAGGCUGUGUCAUCCGUGGAGAACACAGCAAAUCGCGACGUAAGUCGUCCAGUGGAGAAGGAAUCAGCGAGUGAAGUAGGGAGUUCUUCGGCACAUAGUGCCUCUCCUGAACGAGACGUUAUUCCGAAGCUGCCCGAUGCAACAGGACACGCCAGCGACGAAGAGCAAGGACAGGAAAGUGGCAGGGGCGUGGCACAACGUGAUGAAAAAGAGAGAGAGAAAGAGGGAGAGAGAAAGGAUGCACCUAUGGAAAGGAGGCGGUCGGCGAGAUUGGGGAAAAGAAAAGGCCCAGAUGCAUGA